AAAGGAAUCGCAGGGAGAAGUUUGAGCUGCAAACAUAAGGGAUGAAAAUACGGGGGUAGCGAAAGGGUAGCGACGUGAGCGCCAUCGCGAGUGCAUCGAAGGGAGGAAACGAGGGAAUUUCCCGAGGGAGAGACCGUCGCGAGAAACGGCGCGAUUUUCCGAUCUACUGUGCGGCAGUGAAGAAAGAAACGCCUAGUCGGACGUGGUCCUCCUCUGCUGCGACGCAUUCAUUUACGAACGAGUGUGGUUAGCAGUUCAGUAGAGUGGUAAAAUGGACGCGCGAUUCAAAAGCAAUCUCGAUAUGAUCGGGCGUAACGAGCCCAUCACAAGGAAAGCGAAAUUUUGGCAGAGUUAUGUACGGGCCCUGAAAGGUACUGACGACAUCAGAGCUCCCGAGCACACUCACAGGCCCCGCAGCAUUUUCCGCUCGGAUUUUCCUGAGCUGCACUCCACCUCGUGGCCGUUUGGAAAGUCAAUCUUCGAAAACCCGAUUCACGCAUCCGACCGUAUUAAUGUUCCCGGAUACAGGUAUCUACCCGUGCACCGUGAGAUCUACGGAUAUUCGCCGAGGCAGCUGUAUCCCCAUCAGUACAAACCCGUAGAACGCUUCACCCCCGCGAAACCAUUCGACGCUGAAAAAGCUUGGACCGACCAUCUGAAUCGGUUGGCAGACAUCGACAGACUCUAUCCGAGCAAAUCACCGCUUUUGGCUCGUCAUUUAGGCCCACCGCUUAGUAUCAAACGAUUGUUCGACAUUCAUGGUAAUCCCGUGGACGACGACUACUUACUGCCGCGUCCGUCUAUCCUGCUGCGCAAGAAGCCGUUCUUCGAUCUCCUGGAACCGUCACCGAUGGCACCCAUCAGUGCAUUCACCCGGGACCCAUGGUGGUAUCCGAGUUAUGCGCCCUAUAUUCCGAGCUACGCUCAGUACCGCACACCGUUCUAUCUGAGGGACAGCUACCUCAGUCCAGUUAAACGUAAUUACUUGUGGAGCCGACAUCCCAUCAGGCCCUUCGGAGACUUAUACUACUAUUAUUCGCAGCCAGUUCCACGAUUUCACUUUACCAGCCCGUGGUAUAAUAAACGUACCACGCAUUAAACGAAAAAACUCACGUCUACUGAUGACUGUCUGGUGCCGUACAGAGAAAGCGUGAAACAAAAUAAAACGACGAAAAAAAAAAAUAAUGCUCGAAAAAAUCAACCAAAAAAAGGAAGAGAACUUGCAUCACAACCCGAAAGAAUUUUGGCGUCUCUAAAUCAAUACACAUUACCGUUUCCACGGAAUUUUAUUUAUUAACAUUUCUUGUCAUGUGAUUUAUUUUAUUGUAUCGUUCAUCCGUGAUCUGUCUACAAAAUAAAAUAAACACUGCCAAAAUUUUAUUA